AUGAGGCCUAAGAAAAAGGCCAGAUCUGAUGGGCCAGUUAAAGUUGGGCCUCCUGUUGUGCCUACUAGGGUGGCGCUUUGUGGUCAUUGUGGUAGACACCAUCCGGACGAGUGUUGGAGGACUACUGGGCCACCAAGAGUAGUUCUGCAGCCAUCUAAGGGCCGAGGUCAGGCCAGGGGUGGUAAUGGCAUGGGCCAAGGACAGAGAGCACCAGGUAGAGGUGCUAGGCCAACUGAGGCGAGGCAGCCUGCACUGGUUUAUGCUGCUCGUCGUCAUGAGGAUCGAGAUGCUCUGGACGUCAUUUCGGCUAGUACUAUGUCUGAAACCUUGGGUAUUCUGUUGAGAGUGCUUCUAGUAAGCUUUAGUAGCGAAAAAGUUGGAUGGAAAGGAUAUGAGGCAUUCUUGGCCUACAUCAGUGUUUCUGAUUCUAGGGACUCUUCGGUUAAGGACAUCAAAACUAUAAGGGAUUUUCUAGAUGUGUUUCCUGAGGAGCUACUGGGAUUACCUCCGAGCUGUGAGGUAGAGUUUGGGAUUGAGUUGACUCCUGGUACAGCUCCGUCAGAGGAUGAGGACGAUGAGCAUCUGAGAGUGGUAAUAUGGAUUCUUCGUGAGGAGCAGCUGUAUGCGAAGUUUAGUAAGUUUGAGUUUUGGCUCCAAGGAGUGACCUUUUUAAGACAUGUGGUGCUUGCUAAGGAGAUUCGUGUUGACCCUCGUAAGAUUGAGGCUGUGUUGGAUUGGAAGCAGCCAAAGAAUGUGUCUAAAAUUUGUAGCUUUCUAGGGCUGGGAGGCUCCUGUUCUAAUACACCUGAGCCUAGUAAAGACUUCGUGGCAUACAGUGAUGCGUCGCAUGUGGGUCUAGGUUGUGUUCUGAUGCAAGAUGGAAAGGUAGUUGUUUAUGCGUCUCGACAGCUCAAGACUCAUGAGGCUAAUUAUUUGAUGCAUGAUUUGGAGUUGGCUGUGGAGUUAAACCUUAGACAGUGUAGAUGGGUUGAACUGCUUAAGGAUUACGACUGCACUAUUGAGUAUCAUCUUGGUGAGGCUAGUGUGGUGGCCGAUGCGUUAAGUUGUAGGGCUAUGAAUGAUCUGAGGGUGAUGUUUGCUUACCUCAGUUUAUUUGAUGAUGGUGGUUUGUUGGCGGAGCUUCAGGUCUCACCAUGGAAGAAGAUUUUGAGGUUCGGUCCCAAAGGUAAGCUAAGCCCUCUGUUUCUUGGGCCGUAUCGGAUUCCAAAACGAGUGGGACUGGUCACUUAUCAGUUGGAGUUACCUCCAGAGCUUAACCACAUUCACGAUGUAUUCCAUGUCUUAAUGUUGAGAUGCUAUCGCUCUGAUCCCACACAUAUAGUUCCUGUGGAGGAAGUUGAGGUUCAGCCAGAUCUGGCCUUCGAGGAGGAGCCGGUUCAGAUUCUGGAUCGGGAUGUAAAGGUUCUAAGAAGGAAAUCUAUUCCACUGGUUAAGGUUCUAUGCCAUGGACAAAUAUUCUUAUCCGCUGAUCUAUUCAAUGCUAGAAUCAGACUUGCUAUUAAUGUGGGGAUUUCCGUCUCCAGAGUAGGAUCGGCGGCUCAAAUUAAAGCUAUGAAACAAGUCGCUGGAAUGAAUAAUUUGUCCACGCCAUAG